CUUUAUCGAUAUCUUUAAUCAGAUGAUCGAUGACCUUUUUUUUUAUAGUUAUAUCAACUUAAAAAAAAUUUGUGUUGCAUAUCUCUCAUAUAAUAAAAUGUUCGAACAACAUACGUAUACUUUUAGAAGUAAUCUGAGCUUUUAAAUAGUACUUCUUUCAUCUUCACGUCUGCUGUUAAACAGAACUGGUUAGUACCUCUUUGUUUGUUCGGACGAACUGCUCUUUACUGAACUACUUUUCUGUGAACUAAGUUCAUGGGCGAUGGAUUGAAAAUAUUGACUUUUCUGUUUAUUUAUAAUGUUUGUUACUUCUCAGGAUAAUUGCUUGUGAAAUGGAAGCAAUUAAAUCUCGACUUAUCCACAGAGUUGCCAUAAAUGCCAAUAAGACUUUCAAGGCUGUGCAUUCCUCCAAAAUAUUACCACCUAUUGGAGUAUCUGUCAGAGGAGAUAUUAUUGGAAUACCGAAUCCUAUCUCGAAUUUAAGACCAAUAACAUUUCAUAUACCACCUGAUGAAACUUAUGUAGAAAGGAAAUUUAGACUAAAAAAGGAGCAAGUCCACAAUUGGCAUGAAGAAUUUUGGAAACAUCAUAACAUAAGAUUUAUGUUGGAACGUAAAGAAUAUGUAGAAUCCAUGAAGGAAAAGAAGGCGGACUUUGGACCGUUAACUCCAGAAGAAAUUUCUGUAUUUUACAAAGCUUUUUUAGAUAAAUAUUGGAUGACUCAUAUGUGGUAUAAUAUUGAGUGGUACAAACAUAACCUAAACCUUUUGGCUCUCGCCUUGAAGGUUGAAUUAGAUCGUUUUAGACGAAAGUUAUUCAGUCACGAAUAGUAAAUUAUUUUAUUUUAGUGUAAAAUAAAUUGAAUUAUAGUUGUAUAUAUUGAUUAUUUCAAAUAUAUCCUUUAUUUAUUACAAAAAUUACAUUAAUUAUAACUACAUAACCUAUUUUUAAUUAAACAUCCUUGUGAAUUAAAUCAUAAACCUUUGGAGCACUUUGUUAGUCAAAAGCAGAGGUCUUAAUUCUUUUACAGAUAGUUUCAAGGCCACACUGAUCUCUACUAGUGAACUAUUUAUUUAUUUAGUGUUUCAUUGAAUUUUCAGUUAAUAUGUUUGCAUAAAUAAAAAAAAUUAUCACACAUCCAGAAUGAAAAUGAUACAACUAAAAAAAAACUGAGAUUUAAGUUUUACAUUUUCUUUUGCGUAAUUACACAGCAUCUAUACUGAAAGUUUUUAUGAUUUAAUUUUUUUACUUUUGAGCCUUAGCAGCUCUAUUCUUACAUUAUUUGAUACAUUAAAUACCACCCAGCCAUAUUAUGGAUUUGAUUGAUAAAUCGACCAGUUUUUAUAAACAGUUAGGUAGGAUUUUCGGUGUAUGUGUUUAUAAGCUACUGUUUUGCCUAUUUAUUUCUUUAAUUUUUAUUGUAUAGAAAAUGAUUUAGGUUUAUAAUAUAUGAGAUUAAAAAUUAAUGUCGAAGACAUUCUUAAAAUCAGUUAACUGGAAUAAUUUGUUUGCAGGCAUUAACCUGCACAAAAACUGCAAUGAAUUUUCGACUGAAGCUUUGUCGGCAUUGAGUAUCUUGUCCAUAGCAGGCAUAACAUUUUUCUGAAAGAAAGCGUCCACUUUCGGAUUCAUGAAAAAGUCUAACUCGGGGUUGGAAGUUCCCAGUAUUACAUUGGACAUCUUCUCAUAGUUGAUAGCAUCCAGAGAAAUGCGACACUCAGUUCCGUUAUGGACAGUAAACCCGAGACGAAGAGAAUUGUCUACUAUCCUGAAAGAGGCGGACAAGUAUUGGCCUUCGUAUGUGACAGUUCCGAAGAACGCUGUCAGGAAAGAGUAGCCGAAGUGGAUAUCGAAGGAUAACGAAUCUGGCUCCGUCUUCAAGACGCAGUCUCCAGUCCUUAUCAUGGAGUCUAAGCCGACGAGAGUUCCUUCUGAAUAUGAAACCUGCAAGGAAAGAAUUGGAUUAGUAUUCUUAUAAAUCAGAAAUGCUUUUGCAGCAAAUAAUUUUUUUGGUGCUGUUAGAACCAGCAAUUCUCCCUCUUGUUAAUAAGAUAAAUAGAUGUAUUAGUUAAUAAAUAGUAUUCUCUAGUGAAAACUCAUACAUCGAGUAGUUAUCCUUUUCCCUAAAGCUGUCGAUGUAUAAGCAACAUCAGCAUAAGAUUUUUAUUCUUCAUACUUACAAUAAAAUAUUAACAAGAUAGUCAAUUCAACACGUAAUAUUGGUGAAGCUUCAGAUCUCACCACGAGUCAUAAACUAACAACUUGCAUAUUGGAAAAUGUCUCUCCAGUUUGAGAAAAAUCAAUAGGACAGCUAUUCCCGAGUAAUAAUCAUUCAAGGCCUAUUUGUUGAUUGCUGAAAAGCCUUGGUUUUUAGUUCUCUCACUUACUGACAGUAUCAAAGUCUAUUACUGAAAGUACAGAAGCCAAAUAAUAAUAAUUAUAAUAAAAAGCCUAGCGAACCAGAAGGUUCUCUGCCGACACCAUCAAUUACUGUCUGCUCAUUUACUAUCUCCCCCACCGUUGGCUGUCCAAACCCAAGCAGAUCAGCCUUCUCGCAAUAAUUUCACAUCCGCUUAGGUGAAUCUCUCGAAUAUUUACCAGUCAGCAUUAGUUUUUUGUGAAAUUUGCCAAUGAAAGAUGUAGAUGAAUAAAAUGGAAAUCGCAAUAGGCCGAAGUUUAUUGAAAUAUGUCAAGAAAAUAGUAAAAUAAAAUAAACCAAAAUACUUUCCUUUGAUUUUAUUAUUUAUUUUUGCAUGGUAUAAGUUGUUCAUAGACCUCAUUCAACUUCUCCAACUCCAAUCCGAUCUUCCAAGCAAUACUAGUUAAUAGUUUGUGACAAUAAUUACUAUUUAAAUUGGAAUAACA